UGUGAACCCAACUUCCGGGAUGAUAAUGUCAAACGGCGCUGCAUCAGUUGAAGUAUCAGCCAAUAGCGUGGAAGCGUUGUGUCUUCCGUGUUUUCUGGUUUCCAGGGAUACGCAACGAAUCUUAUCUGUUGUGUUCGUGAGAAGUGAUAUUUUGUUGUGUAUCAUUGUCUUCGCAGAUGAAAAUGGAUGUAAUCGGAAGUUUAGAAGUCAGAUGGAUACAAGGUUUUACAAACAAGAGCAUCGAGUUCGUCGACAGUAAAACAGUAUGUUAUACAUCUGGGAGCCAUAUCUGUUUCCUGAACCUGGAGACAAAAAUACAAAGUGUCCUUCAGAGUCCUGGCAGAGGCAUUGGUGCACUGACAGCCAAUGGCAACAAUGGGAUUUUUGCUUUCUCUGAGCAAAAGCUAUCCCCAUCUAUAUUUGUGUACAUUUUUCCUGAGCUUCAGCUGAAGAAUGAACUAAAGGGAACAGCACAACUGGAUUACACAUCCCUGACAUUAAGUGAUGGUGGUCCUUAUUUGGGCUGUUGUUCCUCUUUUCCAGACCACACCAUAACAGUGUGGAACUGGGAAAACGCUGAACCAAUUUGUACACAGCCACAAGUUGGGCAUGAUGUCAUUUCUUUGGUGUUCAACCCUCUAAACUGGCUCCAGCUUUGUGCUCUGGGGGCUACAUCCCUCACUAUCUGGAAUAUUGAGAAGAGUGCCAACUUUCAUGUCCUGAAACCAAGUGUGAUAGAGCUUCCAGCAACUGAUGGUUCCUUUGUUGAAAGAUUGGUGCCCACCUCUCACACUGUCAGUGAAAAACUGCCCUAUUUUGGUCCAGAAAUGCCACCAUCAGCCAUUGCAGGGCUCAAGGGAGACAAAGCAGAACACAUUGUGACUAAACUCUGCACCAAAGCCAGAGUCACUCCUACUGCCAUCUGCUGGACGGCCACUUCAGAGCUUUAUGUGGCCUGCGCGGAAGGCUUUCUGCUUCGUGUUGAUGCAAAGACCCUCUCUGUUUCAAUCCCCCUCAACCCUACAACUGCUGAUGCCAUCCAUGAACUCAGGCAGAGCAACUUUCAAGGUUUAGCCCUUAACAAGAAUGGUUUGAUCAUUUUAGGAAAGGAGAGUGUUGUCCACUGUCUGCAAAUCAAAGAGACUCAGAUAAGCGUCACACAAACAUGGCAAUUAGAAAGACCCUUCACAACUAUGAUGUACUCCCCUGACUACGAAACCUUACUUUUAUCUUCUAAUACAGGGCAAAUCUAUAUGUUGAACCCAACCCAAACAGACAAAACUGUGAAGGUCCUGGAUGUUGUCAGUGGCAACUUUGUGGCAGCAGCUUUGUCGCACACUGAGAAGAAAACUUGCGUGUCAGUGAGGGAUUCUGGAGAAUUGCAGCUGUGGUCUCAAGAUGGCAUUUGCCUUGGUUCCCUGUCUCUUCAAACAGAGGUGACAAGUCUGGCCUGCUGUCCCAUUGCACAAUACACAGCUGUUGGAACAGCUUCAGGAAGUGUCCUCUUCAUUGACCUGAACAAGGAGCAGCAGCCUCGCCUGGUGCACCAGGUUCAUCUCUACCACACUCCAGUGGAUCACCUAGUUUUUGAUCAAGAGGGGGACUACCUUCUCACUGGUGCCUCAGAUUCACACAUCUAUGUACUAGAUGCAAAGCCAUCAAAGAGAUUUUCAGUCAUAGGAUACACAGUUGUUCCUGGGCCCAUUCUGUCACUUUCUGCUCAGUGCAUCGGGGAACGUGAGCUGGUGAAAGUUCUUGCACUGUGUGCUGGAGAGGAGGGCAAAACUCAUGAUGGCAGCCUGCUCACAGUGCUGUCUCUGCCUGUGAGAGACCUAGCAGGUCCAGAUUGUGUAGACCGACAUGGUUGCCUGUCCACUCAUGUCCUUCAAGUGUCCACAUAUGAAGUGCCUCAUCCACUUAAAUCCUGUGUUCUGGGAGUCAGUGAGGUCUUUGCUUACUGCCACAAGAAGAAAACCCUUCAGCAAUUUAAACUUCCUCAGGACACAGAUGGCGUCUCGAGUCAACAGGUGGUCCAGCUGAAACCAGAGCAGGAAGUGAGGGGUUAUCAUCUGGGCCCUGUCUCUCUCGUUCUGUCUCCUCACCGUUUAUGGCUGGCUUCUGUUAGCCCAGAUGGCCUACUACGCAUCCGAGAAACUGCUUCCAUGGAGCGGUACAUUGAGCUGCAUUGUCAUUCAUGCCGUGAUGGUGGCGCGCAAAGUGUGUCUUUCUCUGCAGACAGCCAGACACUCCUCACUGCUGGCUUUAAAGGUGGCUCUCUGGUGUGCACUAAUCUCAGAAUUAAAGGUGUGGAUGCUGGUAAGGUGAAUGAAGCUACUCAGUACAGCCAGUCUAUGGAUCAUUCCUUGAAGAUCAUAUUCAACACAGAGAAUCCCAUCCUCGUUGACUUGCCCGAGUGGGGCCAAGGGUCUCCCGCUGGUGCUGAAAACCCAGAGGAAAGUGAGGUCAGUGUUGGAGUCGAGACAGUGGAUGUAACAGAGCACAAUGAGAGUUAUAACAGCCUGCUGUCUGCUCCACCUUCACACCCCACCUGGCUGGAAAAGAGGCGAGAGGCGGUUAUAAAAGAAGACAAUGAUCAGUAUUCUGAGACAAAGAAAAACAUGAGGAACACCAUCAAAGCGUUACGUGACGCUAUCCAGGAUGCGAUGCGCCUAAAUGAGAACCUCCCAGACACUGACCGUGUGGAACAACAGGAGUUCAACCUGGAUAUAGAGGAGCAGAGGAGACUGGAGGCCAUGGUGGAGCAGGAAGCUACUCGGGUGAGAAAUGAAAUCGAAUGGGAGAUUUUAGAAAAACGUUACCUUCGUGAUGUCCUGAAGAGAGAAUGCUGGGAUUCUAUGAAGGUCAAAGGCAAGACCAUCAAGGCCUUUCACUCUGAACACGAGGUGACGAACUACUCUCUGAAAGAGCAAACAGAAAAAGAAAUGGAGGACCUUCAAAGGGUUCAAAAUAUGAGGAAGUUUGAAAAGGCUGCUUGCAUGCACAGCGGCCUAAAGAAAAGUUCCAACACAACCAGUGCGAAGGAGGAAGAGCAAGGGGAGGAAGGCCGCGCAGCAGAGAGUGCUGCUGUAACGGGAAGUUUGUCCGCUCAGUUAGGAUAUUCAAAUCCUUACCUCUACGAUCAGUUCAGCCUGGAAACCACAGAGCAGAGGAUCAACCAGAUAAUUCUGCUACAGGAUGUGAUAUGUCGCAUCAAGACAGCUUUCAAUGCUGACUUUGAGGCUGUGCACAGGCAGAAGGUGCAGGAGCUCAACCGUGUCAAGGGGAGGAACAGACACAUCAGAGGGAUCAUGUUGGAGCUGGACAUGACCGAGAAGCUGUCGGAGCCCAGUCUGACCAACAGCGAGCAGCCAGAGAGGCUGCUCACUGUGGACGACUCUGAGAUAACGGCAGAGAAGUACCUCACCCCAGAACAGAAAGAGGAGGAGGAGAGGAAGAAGUUGGAAGAGGAAAGGCGUUUGGCUGCCAAAGGUGAUAACCUCAGAGACAGGGCUCUCGAUGACAUGAUGGAUGGAGUGCUUGAAGUGAAAAAAGAGGACAUCUUGAAAAUGGAAAUACCUCCGCCUGAGUUUGUUUUGACCAAACCUGGAAUCCACUGGAGUGAGGAGGAGAAAAAAGUCUACAAAGAGUAUGAAAAGAAAACCAAAGACCUGAGCGAGGAGAAGGAGAAAUACAAAAAGUCACUGGAAACUGAAAUGAAGAGACUGCAGGCAUCCACCAAGGAUGCCACCGAAAAGUUUGAUGAAACUUUGACAAAGUUGUUUAAGAAGAAGGUGAAAUGUGAAAUGGCUAUAUAUCAGGAACGGCUCAAGAUUACUUAUCUGGCCUAUUCAGUCCUCGUAGAAGAGGAGAUAAGAAAUCGAGAGCAGGAGCUCAAGCUCAAACUUGAAAAAAUGGUGGCACAUAAGGAUGAAAUUGGGGAGGAGGUGAAGAGACACGAAGAAGAAGUACAAUUGUUUCAUGAGACCUAUGACAGUAUUGUAGCUGAGGACAAAGUUUUUGACAAAGAAUUCAGGAAGGAGUUCUUUGAUGUACCAAGCCAUGUGGUCGAUCAACUGUACAAGUUAUUCAAGCGUAGACCCAGGGUUCAAAAGAUGAGGACCCAGACCGACAACAGCUCCAACCUGUUUAAGGAGCAGUAUCUGUGCGGUUCUCUGGCUCCUGAUGGGCUCAGUAAAACGCUGAAGGCCAUGGAAGAGCUGGAUGCUCCGGAGAAUAUACCAGAAGGCUUGAACCCAUCAGUCUGGGAGAGGUUUUGUCUUGUCCGCAGAAUGAAAGUAGAGAGUGAGCAAAAGGUAAAAGUAAAAGCUCUGACUCUUGCUGAGAUGCAGGCCUUCCUGCAGAAGAGGAGAGAUGAGGAUAAGGCUGCUCAACAGGAAAUUAAAAAUCUUUCUGACGAACUUGAGAGUCUGCAUAAGGAAAAGAACCGUUUCCUGAUGAACAUCAUGGUCCAGGUCCUGCUCAAACAGGGUCAGGUGGAGGUGUCCACCACUGACCUGACUGCUGACUACACGGAAGCUGUACUUCUCCACAGGAGUGUGCUGGAGGACCUCAACAGGACCAUCAGGACACUUGGAGAGCAGAAGAUAACCACCAUGGUGGAGUGCAAAGACUUCCGUAAGGGCAUCAUCCAGCUGCAGUGGGAGCACAAGAUGAUGGAGAGACAGAUAGAGGACCUCAACAACAAGGCGAGGGACAUCCAGAUGUUACAGCUCUCUGAAGAGCCACGGGAUUAUCUCAACGAGACAGAUCAAGACAGUUGCAUGUCCGAGCAAGUUUCCAGUCUGGAGAAAACUAUAGCUUUCCAGGAAAAGACUCAUCAACAGAAUGUGCAGCAUCGCAUAAAAAUGAUUGAGCAGCUUAAGAGGCAGGCAGCAAAGAAAGUGGAGAAGAAUGCAAUUGUAGAGCAGCAGCUACCCAAUAUUCCGGUGACUGUUGGAGAGAGGAGACACAUCUAUGAAGCAAUAGAUUCGGAGGAAAAUCAGGCAGCUAAAAUGGAGGAGCGCUUCAAGGAAAUCAUUCAGAAGAAGUACUUGGAGGACUUCGUCAGAGCACAGGUGGAGGAGCUGGCUCUUCUCUGGGCCGAAGUCAACCGUCUGAGGAUGAAGAACUUUCCUUCACUUGAUCAGCUGAAACACAACUGAGCACAGCCGUCUCUUCAACAGAAAACAUGGGUUUAUUUACAUGCCUCUUAGCAAGUAAACUUAACAUGAAAUGUACAACUUCA